AUGGAUAUCCCCGAAGGCGCCAAGGUUGGAACCGAACUGAAAAUUAGCGGACCAGUAGACAGAGACUCCAAACCAGAGUUCACGGUCCAACACUACAACAUCACCCCAGCUAUGGCCACCUUCAGCAUCCACCCGACCACCAAUCUAGACGGCAGCGUCACCAUCAACCUCCGACUGGAGAAAGAGCUGGACCGGGAAACCAAAGACGAAUAUCGAUUCGACAUUUUCGCAUACGACGGUUCCCCAACGCCGCAGAGCGAGUCGCUCGGUGUGGCUAUCAGAGUUACCGAUGAUAACGACAACGCUCCCAGAUUUACUCAGUCCAAAUAUGAAAUCAUCAUUAAUGAGCAUGAGAAGAUCGGCGCUCAGGUAGCACAGGUAACAGCAACAGAUAGUGACAUCGGAGACUACGGUCGCAUAUCCUACAGCUUUAGUUCCAACAGUGUCAAAGGAAUAUUCUCUAUUGACCCUGCCAAUGGCUGGAUCUCUCUGCAGGGUGACCUGAGGACCAUCAGAAAAAACACCUCACCAUGUUUACUAUUUGUUGACGCCAAGGACGGAGGCGACCCACCCCUCAGCAGCCAAGCCUGUGUUCAAGUGACCUUAAGUAGCUCUGGGAUUCGACCCCCGACUGUUGUGGUCAACACAGUUACCGCUGGAGAUGUGUCCACUUUGAGCAUUCCUGAAUCUGCUGUUCUGGACCACUUUGUGGCUUUCAUAGAUAUUGAAGAUAAUGAUGAUGGUGACAGUGGACAAGUAACGUGCCAAAUUGUGUCUGGUCCAGAAUUCAAACUGAGCCCGAAUUUGUACACUGGAAUGGUCGAUGAAAACCGCGAUGCUGGACAGUUCAUCGCCCAAGUCCUUGCUCAAGAUGCUGACGCAGGCAUUAAUGCUGAAAUCACAUACUCUAUCCCCAAAGAAGCUCAAGAAUACAUCAGGGUUAAUUCCAGAACAGGAAUAGUAUCCACAAAUAGUCCCUUGGAUAGGGAAGCAAAUGCAACACUUCGUUUCAAAGUAUUUGCAACUGAUAGUGGAAGCCGUCCAAGGACAGGAGUCGCGGAGAUCUCCAUCAUUGUUAAAGACAUAAACGACAACAACCCGCAGUUUAGCAAGCCUAAAUUUGUCUUCUUUGUUUCGGAAAACAUCGCCAACAACACCUUCAUUGGCGAGCUGACAGGCUAUGAUCUGGAUGUGGGCACUAAUGGUCAAUACGAUUUCUAUUUCGGAGGAUCAUCCAAAGGGGAUUCACCAUUACCUUUCGCAGUUCUACGCAACGGUUCCGUUCAGGUGACAGGGUCAUUAGAUAGAGAAAGUAAGGCCCAGUACUCUUUUACUGCUAUCGUCAGAGACAGAGGGGAGGUGCCGCGGUCCAAUACAGUUGCCGUGGAGAUAAAAGUUCUUGACGAAAAUGACAACGAUCCCGUAAUUUUAUUCCCAACAUCAAAUAACCACACAAUCGUCAUCUCGAAUACACCAGAGAAUGGAAUGAUUCUGGGAAGAAUUAUCGCAUAUGAUGUGGAUGAAGAUGACAUCGCCGGAUUACGCUACUCCAUCUAUGAAGGAAACGAUGAUGGCGCAUUUUCUAUCGGACUGAGCAACGGAGAGCUCAUGUUGGUGAGCACUGAACACCUGAAGAAUCCACAGGACUACUACCUGUCUAUUAAAGUGGAAGAUGCAACCACACGACCUAGAAACGCCUCAACACAACUCCGUAUAGAAGUCCGGUUUGAAAACAUUUCAGAAGUGAGUACGUACACGCAGAAUGAGCAAAUUCGUGAUCACUACGUCGUCAUUGUUGGAGUCAUCGGAGGAGCAACUGUCGUUUUAUCUGUAAUCAUCAUUAGCGCCAUCUUUUUCAUCUUACACUCCGACAAAAAUAGACGAAGUGGUAAAAACGGUUCCUUUUUCAAGAAUAACUUUUGCAACGCCACGGCAGUUCAGGCAGUGGUAGACGAAAAACAGGUGGAUUCUCUGGACGCUACCAAGUCUCAGAGCAACUCUUCCAUCGGCAGUGACCAACAUGGAGUGAUUCUGAGCCCGGGGAACCUGGGAAAGAAGCAUGAGGAUGUGCACAAGAAGGUCAGCUUCAGUCUCCAAGACGAAUUCCAUGAUCAGGGGCAGGUACUCCUACCAGAAAAGCAGAUAUGUUUUAAUCUUCCACUGAAUACUGAUUCGCACUCUAUAUGGAAGAAAUAUAACAAUCCGGAUGAUAUCAACAGCGAUGCCUCGGGAGAAUCAGGAACCUGUGACAGCGGAAGGGGCACCAGCGACGAAGACAUCAAGUUCGACCAUUCACCUGGCAGAGGUUCCUCACGACCGUUAGACCACUACAGGACAGCCAGAGACGGAUUGUUUGACCAAUUUACGCAUCAGAACGCUGGCAAUACUCGUCCUGUUCAAAACCUUCAAGGAGGAUCCCGCCUUCAAGCUCCAACACUUCCUCCAAAACCAGAGAAGCUUCGCCUCCAAGACACAGGAAGACACGAUGGGUUUCAUGGAAAUUAUUAUGACCAACGUCAACCUCCUCUUUCGUCAACUUUCGUUCCAAACGUACACUCAAAUAUGAGACAGUCCAGUCAUACUACAAUUCACAAGCCAAACAGAGAUAACCAAGCUGGGUCAGCUGUCUCCAUGGACGAUGAUGCUAGUACUACAACGUCCGGAAGUUAUAUCAUGAACUCUGAUGAUGUCAUGCUUGAUGGUUUCAUGGGAAAAGACGUUGUUGUUUAG